AUGCAGCAAACACCAGUCGUGCCGCCCCGUCCGUCCAGGGCGACGGACAAGGACGCCUCCCCGGCAAUGCCCAAGAUCCCUCCGCGCCCUGUCAACAAGCGGCUCGACCGCUCCGUCUCGCCCAACCCCGACCGCUUCGCGCCCUCGCCCCUGAACAGCGGCAUCGCCCCGCGGGACCCCAAGGCCGCACGCCUCAGCGCCCACUACGCCCACAAGGAGCAUGCCGAGGACCCUAUCGAGCGCUCCGGCAGUGUGCCGAUGCCCUCGGUCGGCGAGGAGGGCGUCGAGUACAGCGCCGUGGCCAAUGAGCUGGAACACGAGCGGGCGACAUCCCCCGAGCAGACGCGCACCAUCGGCGAGGACCUCAAGCUCCACGCCCCGAAGCCCUCGCUCCCUGCCGUCAGCGCCAAGCAGCAGGUUAUGGCCGUGACCCGGACCGACUCGGACAGGGCUGCGUCCUUUGGCAUCGGUCGCCCCACGAGCGACGCUGGCGAACGGUCCGGCUCGCGCAACAGCUUCAGCCAGAAGAAGCGCCCGAGUAGCACUCUGUCCACCUACAGCGACCACCAGACCGAAGACGAGCACGGCAUCCCCGAGAUCGGCCAGCGCGUGCCCAUGAACCCUCACCUGGGCGACGUCCAGGCCCCUUCUCCCGGCCCCGGCGCCGAGAGCAACGGCAACAAGAAGCAUCACAGCCGCAAGCACAGUGCCACCCGUCUCCCACCCGGGAGCUACGGCCUUCACGGCCACGGAAUGACGCCCCAGGACAAGCUCGACAAGGCCUACUACCAGAAGCACCCGGAGGCUCUCGAGAGGGAAAAGCACACCCCGCUACACGAUCGCCAAAACGACUAUGCCAUGAGCAGCUCUGAUCUGAACAAGCUCGUGCGAGACACGGCCAACCGCCAGGCUGCCUUAAGCAUCGCCGAUAUGCGCGGCACGCCCACGGAUGAGGUCGCCUUCCAGGCUAGUGAAGAGUACGCGACGCGCAUGUCCUCGCGCCCCACGUCCAUCAUCGCCAAGGAUGCCACCGAUAAGGCUAAGUCUGAUGCUGAGGCGGGCGACAAGCCCAUCCACGUGGACGAUGCUAGGCAUCCCGAGUUCUAUCAGUACGGAGACGAGGACAACGCUGAGGGCGGCGAGGAGGAAGAGUACACCGCCCCCAUCCUGGCCCAGGAUGAGGUGCUCAAGGAGAAGGAGCGCAACCACCACCACCCCGCUGUGCGCCCUCACCUCGAGCGCCGCCGCAGCUCGCAGAGCUACGAGGAGGCGCCCAGUCGCCCCACGAGCCGCCCCAGCAGCAUCCGCGUCACCAUCUCUCAGCCCGAGUAUAGCGCGACGACGCUGGAGGACGUGGAGGAGUACGAGCCGCUCUUCAACGACGAGGGCAAGGAGACCAAGCGGGCCGAGAAGCCCAAGCACGAGCCUGCCGACGAGAACGAGUGCCGCCACCACUUUCCCAGCAAGGAUAUUUGGGAAGACGCCCCCAGCAGCGUUCACUACACGGCGACCGUGUCGACGCCCGAUGUGCCUGACCAGAACCGGAGACGGUCUUCGGCCUACCACGAGGACCGCCCAAUUACCCCGGCGCAGGCCUUUGCCCAGUACCAGGAGCAGCUGGCCGAGAAGGAGGCCAGCGGGCGCGUCAACAACUUCCUGCCUCUGUCCGAGGACAAACCCACGUGGAUCAGCCACCAGCCGCACCUGCGGACCGAGCGCGAGCGGCCGUCUUCUGCCCGGCGGUUCCCCAGCCGCGAUGUGUGGGAGGAUGCGCCAGAGAGCCUCUGCUACGAGGCGACCAUCUCCGGAUCGCCGACGGAGGACAAGAAGCCGGACAUUCCUGCCCGGCCCGCGAAGAAGCCGUCUCAGACGUCGGAGCCGCCUAGCAUCCCCGAGCGUCCGCAGGCUCGGCAGGGGAGCGGCGACGACUCCGCCAAGGUGCGGCCGCCCGUGUCCGACAAGCCGAAGCCUCAGAUCCCUCCCCGGCCCACUAAGAGCUCAUCGGGAGAUUCGAAGGACGGCUCCUUCUCGAAGCCGAAACCGCCGGUGCCUAGCCGGCCAGCGGGCAGCAAGAUUGCGGCGCUGCAGGCGGGCUUCAUGAGCGACCUGAACAAGCGGCUCCAGCUCGGACCGCAGGCGCACAAGAAAGAAGAGGUCGCGAAGGAGGAGGAACCCGUCGAGGAAAAGGAGAAGGCACCCCUGUCGGAUGCGCGAAAGGGUCGUGCUCGCGGUCCCCAGCGGAGAGCCCCAGCCAAGAGCCCGGCUGCAGCUCCUGCUGCAGCCGCGCCGACAUUAUCCUUCUCGCUGCCGCAGGUGUCGUGGUCAAUUGACCCCGAGGGCGGCGACAUUGAUAUCGGUGGCGAGGCGGAGGCCGAGCCUGGGGUGCCAAAGGUCGAGUCCCUCGUGUCAAGUCCGGAAAAGACGGUACCUGAGGAGCUCCCUGAGGCCCCUCUGGUCGAAGAGCCCCCGGCCGUGAGCAUUGCCGCGGAGCCAAAGGAGCCUGAAGAGACGGCCAAGGUGGCUGAGCAUGUGCCUGAGCCGGAACUCAAGCAGUCCGAGCCGAAGAUGCCUGUCGAGACUGCAAACCCGGAUGGGCCGCUCAAGGAGGAGACCUUGGCGGCCAACAUGGCGGGCGAGAGCAUUUUGGAAGCAACGGUCAAGGAGGAAGACGGCGGUAAUGAGGUUGAGCCGGUCGAGGUACACGAUGACGUGAAGCCGUAG